AUGACAGCUCAAAUCAUGGCGCCUCCACCUCAACCGGAAACUCCAUCCAAACCGGAACCCCAACAUCAACCACCCAGUCCCCCCGAUACCACAACUGCACUUCCGGUUGCUCUAUCUCCUCCAGAGACAAAGAUAGAUAUAAAACCGGAACUCAAGCCAUUCCAUCGCCGCCUCUUGCAAUUCGCCCAGCGCCCGAAAAAGGAGACAUCCACCAGGUCAAAGAAAGAAGAGCAACAGCGCCAGAUUGAGGCUCUGACCAGGGAAGGGUACCUGAUCCCACCAGCUCUGACAAAGGGAUCGAAGACCCAAAAGGAAGCAAACCAAUCCAAGGAAAGCCUGUCGCUAUCUGUUUCCAGAUCUCUCUCAAAGUCGAAGCGAGACGUGGAAAACAUUGGACAGCCAUGGCUGCAAGCCAAAGCCGAUGGAAGGAACCGGCCAACCCAAGGAAGCGGUCGAUUGGCCGCUCUGGACUUGGAUGACUUUGGGUCUAUGGUGGACGUUGCAGUAUCUCUCACUCCGGACUUUGAUGACUCCGUGCCACCACCAUACCAGCCCACUGAUAACGGACCCUCCCAAUCGUCAUCAUCAUUGAUUCCGGUCCCAAGCUCUGCGGGAGAUUCAAGCCCGCCAAGAUCUAUCAGGCCGCCUUCAUCUAUAGCCUCAACUAGCCGCUCAUACCGGAAUGUUUCCAUUGAUGAGCAGAUCCAACGGCCAUCUGUUCCCGCGGAGUCUGAAGCUCGCGACGCCUCGCAAGAUGCCAGCUCUAACCCAAAGAUCAAUCAUGCAUCAUCCAGUGUGAAGGAUUCCACGUCAACACCCAGAGCUUCUUGUGAUAGCCUGAGACGGGACCAGUCGGACUCGUCUUCCGUUCGCAACGUGACUCCAUCUCAACCAACACUAAAGCUCUUCCCCGACGUUGCACCCCCUCGGAAAUCAAGUAUGGCUGCCUGGAGGGCUUCGGUGGUUCCUCGCAACCAGAUAGUCAACAAUCUCGCGGCGUCCGCCACUUCAAAUGUGUCGUCGCCCAGCUCGCAAUAUAAGCCUCCCAGCAACAAGGUUGACUCCGAACCGCCCCGGAAAUCGUCGGAUGUCUUUACAGAUACACCUGCCACAGCGCCUGAGCCACAAUGCGCGGGUGCUGAUGAGCCAAAGCCUGAUCCAGUGACCCCUGCUGCUUCAGAGAAGGCGACAGAGGAGUCCAGCUCGCCAAGCCAGGUCAAGUCCCGGCGAACCUCGCUUUCCAUGGGCGCCUUGAAGGCGUUCCCAUUGCCUGCGCCAACUCGGCCUUUGCCUUCGUUGCCUGAAAUUGAGCGUUCCCCGAGUGCACCCCCAGAAAGUGGAGCUCGAUCCAUUCGAUCAACCCGAUCAGGGCCCGGACCCUCCAACUUGCACUCUUCUUCUUCGGCAGUACCAGAUACCGAAGAGACCGAGUCUGUCAUUGACAGCCCUCGAACACUCGACUCGCGCCCAGCGACUGCGCUUGGCAGUAUCGGAGCUGGUGGAUCCCUCGCUGACGAUGAGGAGAGUCUCUUCGCUCCAUCAAUAUCUGAUCAUUCCAAGUCUGCCCCAGGGCUCUGCGCUCCCAGAGGACGCGCAUCUAGCGUGCGUAUUCCACGGAUGCAGGAGCUCCCCGAGACCCCUGACCAGGACAAAGGCCAGCCCUUGGCCGACUCGCCUGUCCUGGGGCAUGGCCCGAACGGCAAGCGUGCUGUGCCAGAGCUCCGCAUCAACCCAAAGGUUGCUCGUGAGAAUCUUCCCUUCGGACUGCCUUCGCCUCCACCUACAGGCUCCCUGCCAGCGGCUCCCCCUCCCCAACACCCUCCACCACCACCUCCUCCCGGGCGCAAGAUUGCACAACGCAAUGUCACAGCACCCCAUCCUGGCAAGCUUUCAUCAAUGAAAAGCAGAGAUGCUCCUACCGGGCCUGGAUCUUACCGCAACUCCAUGAUCUCUCGUAGUGACAGCUCCCGAAGCAGUCUUCGAAACGAAAGCUUCCCCGAUUCUGGCGAGAAUCACCACGAGUCUCGACCCGAGUCUCCCAUUGCUUCGUCGGAUGACGAGGUCAUUGGAUCCAAAAAGGGCAAGAACCCAUCACACCGCGAGCCCACCAAGCACCAACGUGUCCAAACAGUGCGCCGCGAGCAUGAUGCCGCAGAUGCACAGCAGCCAUCCAGUCGCUCGCGCCUUCGCUUCCCCCAACCAAGUCGCUCCAUCCCUCACAGCCGCAGCAGCCACAGUCUCGAUCAAGCUUCAUCCCAGCCCAAGCACUCUCAGCAGACACACCGAUCUCGAGAGUCUCAUGGUCGCCAACGUGCGCCUCAGACAGAUCACUACCUCGAGGAUCGAGUGGCAAACCUCGAGCGCCAAAACCAGAUGCUUCAAGCUGCUCUCAUGGCGGCAUUAAAUGCCAGUGGCAAGAACCCUUUGGAGGGUCUCAAUAUCGACCCUAACAUGACACCAUCGUUCCAAAACGCUCCUUAUGUCAAUCAAUAUACAUCUCGUCAUUCGCGUCGUGACAGCUGGGUUAGUUCGUCUCGAAGCAGCGAGCACAGCGGAUACGACGCGAACUCGUGCCAAGAUGGCCGUGCCAAUGUCAAGCACUUUGACCAUAUGAUCGAGGACAUUGAGACUGGGUGGAUGUCGGACAAGUCCAGUCUCAGUGGAGCUCGAAUCGUCCACCGACGAUAA